AUGGAUAAAUCUUGGAUUGGAAUGCCAAGGAACACACCAGAGUAUGUGAUUGGUUUGAAUCAAUUUCUGAAUUUUGCAUGUCCUAAAUGUGGUUCUAGGAAGUGGCAGACCAGGAAAAUAGUGUUUAAUCAUUUGAUUGACAAGCCUUUCCCUAAAAAUUAUGUCACUUGGUUUAUGCACGGGGAAAUGAAUGUAUUGCAUAAUUCCAGAAAUAGAGAGGUCACUCAAGAUGUACCACCCACUGAAAAUCCUGUAGAAUUAUUGAUUAAUGAAGUAUUUGGGGGCUUAAGGCAUGAGGGUGUUGAUGUAGGUCCAUCACAAGUUGUGCGAGAAGAAGAAAUGUUACAUGAUAUGCAUGUUUCAAAUAACGAAGAUUUGUUUGAGUUGCUUGGAGAUGGACGUCAAGAAUUGUAUGAAGGGUCUAAGUACUCAAAGUUGGAAUUUUUAUUAAAGCUUUAUCAUAUAAAGUGUUUGUCUGGGUUAAGUGACAAGGGAAUGACUAUGAUACUAGAUCUACUCAGAGAUGCAUUUAAAUUUGCAAAGAUUCCUAUUUCUUUUUAUGAGUCCAAGAAAACCAUCAAGAAGUUGUGUCUUGAUUAUGUCAAGAUAGAUGCUUGUCCAAAUGAUUGCAUGUUGUGCUGGGAAGAUGAUGUUAAUGCAGAAACAUGCAAGUAUUGUCACACUUCUAGAUGGAAGCCCGAGAAUGAUAGCAAUAAAGAUCAUGCACCUACUACAAGUAAGAAACAAAAGAAUAAAAGGAAAAAGCCUGCAAAAAUUUUGCGCUACUUUCCAUUAAAACCAAGAUUACAAAGAUUGUUCAUGUGCUCUAAGAUUGCUGAGCAUAUGAGCUGGCAUGCGGAGGAUGGUAACAAAGAUGGAACCAUAAGACAUCCUAGAGAUGGUGAGGCAUGGAAGAGGUUUGAUACAACUUUUCCUGAAUUUGCUUCUGAUCCUCGAAAUGUUCGAUUAGGUCUAGCUAGUGAUGGUUUCAAUCCUUUUGGGACAAUGAGUACUAAUUAUAGCAUUUGGCCUGUGGUUUUGGUUCCAUAUAACCUUCCUCCUUGGUUGUGUAUGAAGCAACCAAAUUUCAUCCUCUCAAUGAUAAUUCCAGGUCCACGUACGGCAGGGAAUAACAUAGAUGUAUACCUACAACCCCUUAUUAAGGAGUUGAAUGAGUUAUGGAGGGAAGGUGUGGACACUUUUGAUUCAUCAAAGGAUGAAAUGUUUAGAAUGCGAGCAGCUCUUAUGUGGACAGUUAGUGAUUUUCCUGGACUUGAUAUCUUAUCUGGUUGGAACACACAUACUGGCCUUGCAUGCCCCUCUUGUAAUUUUGACACAGAACCUUGUCGCCUUCGUCAUAGUAGAAAGUGGUGUUUUAUUGGCCAUCGUCGGUUUUUGGGAAGAAACCACAAAUUUAGACUGAUGAGGCAUCGUUUUGAUGGGAAUGUCGAAGAGAGGACCCCUCCGAAGAAGUUAUCAGGGUCAGACAUCUUGCAACAAGUGAAAGAUAUCAGUGUCACAUUUGGAAGACAAACAGAAUUGAAUGGUAAAAGGAAACGAAAUGGGAAAGGGAGUGUUGGAGAAGGUGCAACUCAACAAUGGAGAAAAAAAAAAGCAUAUUCUUCGAUCUUCCAUAUUGGGAGUUUAACUCGUUGCGCCAUAAUUUGGAUGUUAUGCAUAUUGAAAAAAAAUGUAUUUGACAAUAUUAUAUACUCUUUGCUAAAUGAUAAAGAAAAAUCAAAGGAUCAUGUUAAGGCUCGAAGAGAUCUACAAGAUAUGGGUAUAAGGCGUGAUCUUUGGCCGGAUGAGAAUGAUGAAUGUAGGCUUGGUGCAUUUACGAUUCCAAAGGAGAAGAAAGUGACCUUUCUCAAGACUUUAAAGAAUAUCUCAGUGCCGGGUGGUUAUUCAAGUAAUAUAUCUCGUUGUGUUUAUUUGGAUCAGAAAAGGAUCUUUGGACUAAAAAGUCAUGAUUGUCACAUCCUUGUGGAACAAUUGUUACCGAUAGCAAUUCGCAAUGUGCUUCCAAACCAGGUUGUUGCAACUUUGGUAGAGCUUUCCUCAUUUUUUAGGCAUCUUUGUUUGAAAAGCUUAACCCUCGCAGACCUUGAAAAGCUACAAAAUCGAAUUGUGGAAACUCUGUGCCAUCUAGAGAUGUUGUUCCCUCCAUCAUUUUUUACUAUAAUGGUUCAUCUAAUUGUUCAUCUCGUGGAUGAAGUAAUACAAGGUGGCCCGAUGCAUUAUCGAUGGAUGUAUUUUGUUGAAAGAUUGUUAGGUCAUUUAAAGUCCCUUGUAGGGAACAGAUCACAACCAGAAGGUUCCAUAGCUGAAGGCUACAUAGUUGAAGAAGCUCUAACUUUUUUUUCUCGUUAUUUUGAGGGAAUUGAGUCAAGGUUAAAUCGGCCUAAACGUGUAAAUGAUGAACCAAAUUGUAAUGAGGCUUCUGAAAAGUCAUUUAUGUUCCCCCAACAAGGUAAACCUGUUGGAGGUUUCACAACAGAACCAUUGACUCUUUUGGAGAAAACACAAGCUCAUCGAUAUGUGUUACUUAAUUGCGCAACAGUGAAGCCAUUUGUUGAGGAAUUUAGACAUCACAUCAGAAGAAGUAGAGGCCGAAAACUUUCACCAACAGAGGUAGAGAGGAGAGUUAGUAAAGAAUUCCCUGAUUGGUUUCCUAAGAGAAUAAUGAAUCCGGAUAUAGCAGACACUAUCUCCGAUGAUAUGAAGUUCUUAGCACCAGGUCCGGCACAAGAUGCAAGAAGAUUUAGUGCUUAUAACAUUAAUGGAUUCAAAUUUCGGACUUUGUCUAGAGAACAAGGAUUAAAAACUCAAAAUAGUGGAGUCUUUCUUGUCUCUGACACUUCUUGUGUUGCAUCUAGUGCAGAUAGAUAUGAAAGACAAGCAGACCUGCCAUAUUACGGGAGGUUGGAAGAUAUUAUUGAGCUUAAUUACUAUGGCCGAUUCAGGGUUGUUCUCUUCAAAUGUCAGUGGGCUGACACUACUCGAAACAGAGGGUUCAAAUCAGAUGUUUGGAAGUUUAAUUGUGUCAACUUCUCUAAAUUGAUUCACACUGGUGAUCGUGAGGAUGACGAUCCGUAUAUUGAAGCAUCACAAGCAAAUAUGGUCUAUUAUGUUGAUGAUGAAACUGAUAAAGGAUGGAGUGUGGCUGUACAUCUAAAGCCAAGAGAUUUGUUUGACAUGGGAGAGGUUGAUGAAGAGGAAAUAUACGAGAAUGAACCAUAUCAACAACAAGAAUUUGGACAAUUUUUUGAUGUUGAUUAUAAGAAUAUCCAAAUUGCAAUAGAGGAGAAUAUGACUGAAUAG